AUGGCGCUAAACAUCAUCAAAACCACCCGAGUCAGCCCCGCAACAAACUCAUCCCCUGACUCAACCAACUCGCUAAUCCUCCCACUAACCUUCUUCGACUUGCGUUGGAUAAGAUCACACCCCACACAGCAAGUCCUCUUCUACAAACUCUCACACUCAGAAUCUUCUCGGGAGCAUUUCCACACAUCAAUCCUUCCCAAACUCUCCCUCUCACUCUCCCUCGUCCUACGUCACUACCUCCCUCUCGCAGGCCACCUCACCUGGUGGACCCCACACGAUCCCAAACCCCGCAUAACCGUCUCCAACGACAGCACCGUCUCGCUUACCAUCGCAGAGAGCGAAGCAGAUUUCUCCAUCGUCUCAGGGAAAGGAUUACGUCUCUAG